UUUUCACCACAAUCAACACUUGGAUUUCAUUCGGGACUCGUUUGCAUUCUCUCUUGCUGUAUCUCUAUUGUCUAGUCAGAGUGAGUUGAUAAAGUAGAGCUCAGAAAGUUGAAGCUGAAUUUAUUCAUUUUGUUGAUAACGUCAUAUUUUUCAAGCUCGACGUUUUCAACGUUCAUCUUGUUUGCGGCGAAUCAAGUGUUUUGUGAUAAAUUGGCGUAAAUUUUAAUUUUCAAUCGGCGCGGCCGAUCACUUUAGUUAAAUUGGAUCUUCUAACGUUCAUUAUCCAUCUUCAAAAAGCAGUUUACAAAUAUUAUAAUCCGAUACGAAUGUACUCGUAGUUGAUUGAGCUGUUCAACAUUGGCUAAUUUUAUAAAAUCUGAUAUUUUAUUCAAUCGUGAACAUAAUGUCAAGUGAUACGAGUAAUACGUGCAGGUGCUGCACCAUUGACGAAGCUCCAUGGAACCUAAUUCUUCCUUUAAUCGCCGAUGCGAUUGUAAAAUUGGGAUUGGCUAUAAUCGUGGGUUAUACGGUGGGUCUCAUAGUCGCCAAAUUACACCUAUUCAUUCGAUCUCUAAUUUCCGAAUACAGAAGAAGAAGAACACCGAAUAAUGGUCUUAAGAGAGAAAAGUGGAUGCGGGAGUUGAUAUCAUUUUUUAGCCAACGGUCGGAAGCAGAACAGGGACGUUUUUGGGACGUGUAUUGGGAAUGGCUACAAAUGCCAGAAAAAGUUCGAGACGCUUAUUUCAUACGACAAAUCCCAAGAAUUUUUGGUGCGGAUAAAGAAAAACAACCGUGGAACUGAACUCGAAGUUUUUAGAAAUCGAUCUACGAGUACGAGGCGUUUAUAUUUUGAGAAUUACGGUGGUUUUUUUUCUUACUUUAUCAAAAAAUUACUAUAGAUAACUUAUUAUACAAUGCAUUGCAUAUAUUAUCCAAUUAAUUUUAGAUGUUGCUUUAAUUUCGUGUAAUUUCGUGUUUGAAAAUUUUUUAAUAAUCGUUCGUAAUACAUUAGAGUUUAUAUCUAA